ACGGGGUGCCGCGUGGGUUACACGCGUAGGAAGGCCAGCCAAUAGCCGAGCGGGAAAUUCUGACCGACGAAUCAGAGCGUUGCGGCCGCAUACGUCAUAUGUUGUGGUGGAAUCGCACGCCAGCUGUCAUUCGGCCAGUGUUGCGGUUCGGAAUUUGAACGUGCCCCGAAUAUUCGACUACAAUUUUUCAUUGUUUUUACGUUUGAAAGUUAACACUGUGGUUUAUGAUUGUUUUGUUUUUGUGUUUCGCCGGAUUUGAAGCGGUCAGUUAGUUGUUCACUCGUCUUUGAAAGUGUUGUGUGGAAUCAUGUUGGGACGACUGACAAGUGUUUGUGUGUUGAUGUGUCUUCUACAGCGCCCGGUGUUUACCAACACGGAUAAUUUGGCCCUCCUGACCGGCACGCUGAAGAUGAUGCAGCGCGCGGCGUGCGACGACGAGACCGUGGCGCUCACCUGUCCGCGGUCCACCGCCAUCACCAUACAGGUAGCGCAGUACGGCCGUAUGACCCCCGAGGGACACACCUGCCUCGUGGACCGCAACCAACACCCUCCUGUAGCGGUCGAAGUAGUGGGUAAUGAGAAGUGCCUGUGGCCUAACUCUAUGCAGUACUCGCUGCUACAGACCGUGGUGGAGGCGUGUCAGAAGAAGCCGCAGUGCCAGUUCAGCACGCGGCCCAAGCCCGGCCUCAUGGAUCCCUGCCCCCACGCGAGGAAGUUCGUCGAAGUCGCCUACAAGUGCCGACCAAAUGAGUUCCGAAUUCAAACGGUGUGCGAAGACGACGUGAUCAAGCUGAAUUGCAACCCGCAGUCGCGCGUGGCGGUGUACGACGCGCAGUACGGACGCGCCGCCCACGAGCCGCUCAUGUGCCCGCAGCCGCAAGGGGUUAAUAACAAGACAUGUAUGACAGCGCACGCCACCGAGACCGUGAUGCAACUGUGCCACGGCAAGCGCCACUGCGAGGUCGCGGCCAACAGCAAGAACUUCGGCACCCCGUGCCGGCCGGACACGAGGACCAACCUGAAGAUCGUGUACGCUUGCGUGCCUCUCGGGGUUUUGAUAGAACGGUAUGAAAAACCGUUGGAGCGCGAUGAGGUGACUGGACAGAGCUUGAACCAGGAUCAAGGAGGCUUGUUUGACGAUGGUGCUGGAGAAAAGUGGGGCGAACCAGCUCCGGCGCUGGCCAACCCUGACCUUCCGUACCCCGAUGUAGUCGAGAGCGAAACAUUCAACAACGACGAGGAAGCGCGCAACGAAGUCAUGGAUCUGGACUCCACAGAACAUCAAAGUAACAAUAUCUGGAUUUACAUCGGCGUUGGAGCUGCAAUAUUUUUCAUCUUGAUCAUAAUGCUUAUUGCCGUGCGAUACUUCAUACGCCACCGCUCCACUCGGACCUCGAAAACUGGGGAUCUGUUCACCACCGAGGUUCCCAACGUCUUCAAUGAUGCUUCUUCAGACAUCGACAACGACAUUGACGUCACUCACAUAUCUGGAACAUUCUACGAACAUCCAGACAUGAUACUCUACAGAGAUGUUCCUGGUAAAGGCACAAUCAAAGCCAUGAGGCCUAUGUCCACCAUUUACCCGUGUGCUGGGAGCAGUAUGUACGGUCAUGUGGACAGAGUAACACAUACUACUGUGAUGACAGAUAGCUACAGAAAAGACGCGAACAGAGAUGUUGAUGCGGAAAUCGUCGUGAGCCCGAAAACAUUGCAAAGGUAUUCGGAUUCACAAUACUAUUUUGGGUGACAGGAAGAUCCGCCAUGUGAUGAUGGUUCCAGAACAUACUGCUUUUAGAGGUGAAGCUUGAAAAGGUUGAGUGACUCGAAGAAAUGAAAAGCUAUGUAAAUACUGAAAGUAUUGGAGUCAAAAAAUACUAGUCACUUUAAGUACAGGCACAUAAAAUUGACAUGAAUACUUGCCAAAGGCCACAAUAUACUUAUUUAUUAUGCCAAUUAUGCAUCAUGAGAUAUAGCCGUUACACAUUAAUUCGAAUCAAGAUAGUUUGCACAACUAUAAAAUCUUCAGUAGGCAUAGUAUAUUUGCACAAAUGAUUUAUAAUCAAUAUUUUAUUCUCUAUCUGUGAUUGUAACAUUAGUAGACAUCUACUAUCUAUAAUGUAAAUAUUAUUAUAUAAUAUAUUAUUACUUUCAUCUAUAAUUACUUCAAUAAUAUUAACUCUAGUCUUCAGACAGUAUUUAUAAAUACUUUUUACAUUUUUAAAAUAAAGAAUAUGGUAAUUUUUGUUUUAUUUAAUUCGUUCAGCCGUCUAAUGGGAUGUUUUAAAUCAACGCAGUGUACGAGGUCGCGUGAUUUAAUGCCAUCAUUUACGAAAUUAAGGAAGAAUUUGUGGGGAUUAUCAAUCAUGUGUCAA